GUUCAGCUCGCUGCUUGUGGGUGCGCCAGCUGUGCGACGAGCGGGCCGGUGCUCGGAAUUAUCGGAAUUAUCAAUUUGCGGCAAAAAGCGGCUGGUUGCACAUCUCCCACGAUAAAACAAAAUCUUAAGGAAAUCACGAGUCCAUCGCUGUGAAGAAUGGAGUCAGUGGGCAAUCUGCUAUAAAAAUGGAUUCGGAUCGUUACUUUGCAUUCUGUUUAUUCACGGCUAGCAAGAAAUAUGCAAUUUUUCCGUCCAGCUAUUUAAAGCCGAGUCCUGGAGUGAAAGUUGCUGCACCUGGAAUAUGUUCAGUCACUCUAGGAGAGGAGUAUCAGAAUGCUGUAUUUCAAGCAAAAUGGUCCGAGAAAUUGGAAGUCGAGUCGAAAACCGGAAAAUUUCUGGAUGAAAAUUUUAAAUUUGACGCGGAUUUCGAGCAUUUAUUGGAUCAAGCGGCAGAAUAUUGCUAUUGCUUCGUCCUUGCCACUGCUUCAUCCGUAGAAGAACUGCAAAAUUUCAUUCAAAAUGAAGGACGUCACAUGAUCAAAAUUCCUGAAAUAUUGAAGCGGCAGCAUGGUUUUGUGACUGGAGGAGAAAAAGAUGAUGAACCAAAGGAAAGUCAUCGAUCUAGAAGAAAGGCAUCAAGUCCUCAAUUGGACAUCGAAGCUAAAAAUGGAAAGCGAAAGAAAACAAAAGACACAGAGCGAACCGGAAAGAAGGCAUCGAGCUCAAAGCUUGAUAAAAAGUCUAAAAAAAGAAAACGCGGAAGUGGUCACGACUCUGAUGGAAACGACGAAGACGACAGGCCAUCGUGCUCAAAAAGUCUCAAGGAGAAGUCAAACUCUUCUAAAAAAUCUCGAGCCGAUGCACACGCAGGAGAGGAAGCAGAGGCAGCUCACAAUCCCCAGAGAGGAUUGACUAGAGGCUCAAUGGAGGAAAUUCUAAACCGAGGAAAUAAAGUGGGGCGACCAGAAGGACCAGCAAGUCUAGGUUACUUUGAAAAUCCUUCAGAUAGCCUAAUUGAGAAACAAAAUGCAGACAGCGUUUUUGUGCUGGUCGUCCAUUACGACUUUAAAAAUGACCCACAAUGGAGACGAGUGGGGGAUUCGAAGGACGUGAAAAAGCUGAAAACAUUCUACAGAACUAACAGGAAUUGCAACUUCCGAGAGCUCUCUUCGCCGAGUAAAGAGGAUUUGCUAGACCUCCUCUCCGACCAGGAAAAACUCUUGCACUUUUUCAGCUCCACUGAUUCACCAGAUGUUUUUGCAAUUUUUGUUCUUUCUCAUGGCAACGAAAACGGUUUAAUUUAUACUGACACAUACUCCACUGAGGAUCGAAAUAAACUCGUCCACUUUACUACGGAUGACGUCUUUGAAUCGAUCCAGAACUUGUCAAGCUUCGACAAAUGCCUUAAACUCAUAAAUUUCGGUCCUUGCCGUGGAUUAAUGGAAGAUGCUAAAUUUGACGCCAACAAAGAGUACAACAAAUACGAGAAUAGAAACUCUUGUCGCAUUACGAUUCAUCCAGCAAUUCGUAACUUGGUUGUAUUUUAUUCGACUGUUGAAACAACCUUGGCCAACACAGAUGAAUAUGGAUCCUGGUUCGUAAGAGGAUUCUGCGUUUGUCUAAAUCAAGCGUGUGAAAAGCCACUAGUGAGAUUCUACACUGCGGUACAGAGCAAUAUCCACAAUGCGUCUCGCGCAAGAAUGAAAUUUGAAACAGGCGAACCUCUGGGUCAGACACCGGAAGUUAAGAUUUUUGCUCAAGAGAGAAACUUCGUCUUUUCAAAGCCAUUAAAAACAUCAGACCCUGAUUCACGCACGGAUGCAUUGAAGGGUAAAUCAGCUUCAAUGAUUACAUAUUCAGAAUUCUUCACUUGGAAGUCGGAUGUACAAAAAAACAUCAGGGGUCGACAAGCCUAUAUAUUUUCCAACAGCAAACAGGGAGAAGCACAUGAAAUGGAGAUGGCUCUCCGUCAGAAUUUCGACUUCAAAACCAAGACAUGUAAAUUAAGUAGAAAUGCAAUGGGUUGCUAUUUUAAAGAAGUUUCUGACUUGGAACGUGAUGUCGGCUGCGUUUUGACUUGUGUAUAUGGCCAAGUGUGUGAAAAUGAAGGAAAAGAAGCGUGCGUGCUCGUCGAUGGUAAAGAAUUUCCGGUUGCAGAUAUUUUGCACGGAUUGGUUGGCCCAAAAAAUGACAGAUUGAUCGGAAAACCAAAAGUCUUGUUCAUUGUGGAUCAAGAGGCUCAAGGAAACGACUCUAUCUCUGUGGAAGAGUGUAAAUACAGCAUCUCUGCAACAAACCACAGUGGAUGGCUCGCUUUGAUUUUGAAAGACCAAGAGGCAUCAAAGAUGCUAGUUAAAAUUUUCCAAGGCGAUGAGCUGAAACGAGGUAAAUGUCUCCAAGAUCUGCUAGUGCCGAUACUCAUCUCCAAAAAUGAAGGACAGGGUGAUAAGGUUUUGUUCAAUUCAACGCUCCAAUAUCUUCUCGACUUCCCCAAUUGGCCUAUGUCUUUCGUACAACCCUACUUUCGACUUAAAAUCGGUCUAAAAUCCCUCGCGAAAAUAAUUAGCUUUGACAAACUAAUGAGAAGAGUGACUAAAUCAGUGGAAAAACGUGAAUUUUUGCUACUAAGUUCAGAAGCGGGAGCGGGAAAGACGACUGUUCUAAAGGAAAUUGCAAGUCAUUUGGCAAAAUCCGAUUCAGAAAUCAAAGUCUUGCUCGUUUUCCUCAAGAAGCACUCGCUUUACAUAUCCAAAAUGCGUAAAAUUAAAGAGAUAGAAUUCCUCGCAGAAACUACCCACAAUACUCUUGACGAUAUAAAAAGUUGGAUCGAAAAUAAGACAGCCGUUGUCUUCUUGGACGGAUUUGACGAAAUCUGUCCAGAUCACAGGGACAAAGUUCUCAAAUUAGUUAAAGUUUUAACGGAACAGGAUAUUUCUCUUUGGAUUGGGACAAGGCCUCACGAGGCUGAGUAUAUAAAAAAUGUUGCAAAGAACGCAGUUCACGUUGGAAUUGAACCACUGAACAGAGCAAAGCAAAUCGAAUUCCUGCAGACUGUUGAGGGGAAGAGCGAGGAGGAAAGUAAGCGUUUCUUGAACAGAUUUGAAAAGAAAGGCAUUCUGAAGAAUCCUCUUCACCUUUCCUUGCUCGCACAAAACGAUGGUGAAGAAAACUUGUACCUUCUUUAUGAUCAGGUUGUACGAAAGAAAGUUGAAAUGUGUUUAGUGAGGGAAAAUGGAUACAAAGAUGUCGCAGAGGAGAAAAUUGAAAAAGCUUUGGACUUUCUUCGGUUGAUCGCAUUUCGUUUCAUGAAAGGCGAGGAUCUUCAAGUGGAUAUGAAAGAUUUGGAAAAGAUGAAUGACUUGGGAGUUGCAACAGUAUUAAACGGAGAAGUGAUUUUUUUGCAUCAGACGUUUGCUGAAUUCCUCGCCAUACAGCAAUUUGUGAAAGAGGUUGAGGUUUUAGACACGGCUUUGUUCGAACAGAACAACUUGUCUCAAUGUAGGAAGUUCUUGGAUUAUUUCUAUCCAACGUUGAAGAAAAGGGAGGAAAUAAACGAGCACCGUAAAGCUCUUUUGACCACGGCUAAAUCUGUCGAUCCAAAUAUCUUUAUGAUGCAAAUAGCUGAAGAAAAUCUGCGACAUAUUUUCGAAAUAGUCAAGACACACAUUUCAUUCAGUGAGGAGCUGCGAGCUCCAAUUCGCAUGAAACCCUUUCCCGCAUUGUUUAUUAGAGCGAUUGGAAGUGAACAAAUUGUCACUGAACUGGUGGGAAUGGGCGUAAUCGAUUUCACAACCUUGACCCAAAUUUUGCCUGAAGUGCUGAGAGAGAUUGAGGAGUAUAACGCAACCAAGUUGUUUGAAAAGCUUAUCUCAAACUUUCCACUUUUGUUGAAUGAAAUUGAUGGAAAUCAAACACAUCUAUCCCUACACUGCAACAUCAAAUUGGGAUUCACAGCGGCUCAACGAGGUUAUGGUGAACUGUUACACUUGCUCAUACUCCAUGGAAUUUGUUCGAUUGAUGACUUUGAUGAGAAUGAGAGUAUAUUCUACAGAGCAUGCAAACAUGGCAGUGUCACGUGUGUCGAUGUUCUGCUAAAGCACGGGGCUAAAAAAGUUGUUUGCGGAGAGACUUCGUAUGACCCUUUGACUCUGGCUGUGGAGUACGGGCACUUGGACCUUGUCAAAUGUCUUUUGGAGGACAAAAUUAGUGGAUACAAACGGGACAAUGUAACGUUCGUAAUUGAGGGGAGCACGGAAAUGUGGAAUCCUUUCCAAUAUGCCAUAAUCUACGGACGCAGAGAUGUUGCCGCGUAUUUGCUUUCAAAAAGCCCAACCCUAAAAGACGUCAAAACGAAAGAUGGAAUGAGUCCCCUACAGUUGGCAGUAGUUCUGAGAAAAGGAAAAAUGUUUGUAUGGCUUGCCAAAGAAGCCAGCGCUGACUACAGCUUUUUAAUGCCAACUAAAGAACAAAUGUACAUGAUGGAAUACGAUUGUUCAAAUUACGAACACUUCCUGAUGCUGGAAGGUGACGUCACUAAGAAGGACAAUAAAGGGAAGACAGUUCUCCACUACGCUGCCCAGUACGGGUAUACUGAACUGGUCUUGAAAUAUAUCGAACUUGGUGCCGAAAUAGGAGCAAAAGAUAAAAACGGAUGGAACGCUCAGCACUUUGCUUGCCACGGGAAAAGAAGCAUUGAAACGAUUGAACUCUUGCACAGCAAAAACCCUCUCCUGCUGAAAGAAAGGACGAAAACAGGUCAAACAACGCUGCACAUCCUAGUUGAAAAUUGUAGCAAAUUUUCUUUUGGGUCUGCCAUCGAGAAUGCUCUUGGAGUUGCACGAUUUCUGAUUGAAGAAGGUGAAGUGAACAUGAAUGCCUCGGACAAUCGAAAAAUCACAGCUUCCAGAAUCGCUCACGUCAAAGGAUUGGACAAAAUAUUGAUAUCAUAUUUAGCAACAGGAUACUAUGACCCAUUUUUGGAAGAUGAGCAGCGGGAGAAGCCGAAACUGCAUUUUGCAACAAAUCCAGGGGACUUGGAAGCGUUGCAAAAGUGGAUUGAGUUGGGUGGAGACCUGGACAUGAGAGACGAGUUAGGACGGACGGCACUGCAUUUGGUCACAGAAGGAGGAAAACUUGAGUUUCUGCACAAGAAGAGAAUUGACUUUGAAGAUGGCUUCGAAGCCACAGAUAAGAACAGAGGAACCGCACUUCUCCGCGAAUGUCGCAGCAGAAACUGGAGCAUGGUCGAAAAGUAUCUGACGAUUAAUGUGGACCUCAACAAGAAAGACCGAGAAGGAAAAACUGCUCUUCACCACGCUGUAUAUUCAGAAAAACUAGAUUUGGUGCAGAAAUUGGUAGGACUCGGCGCUGAUGUAAAUUGCUCGGAUAGAAAUGGUUCAACCUCUUUACUUUACGCGACUUACAGGAAUAAUUUGGAUUUGGUCCAAUUGCUUGCUUUGAGCGGUGCACAGACCAAUUUGGAAAACAACUAUGGAUCAACUGCUCUGCACCUAGCCGUGCAAAAGAACAAUCAAGAGUUGUUACAAAAAUUGUGUGAACUUGGUGCAGACGUCAAUUUUAAAAAUAGAUAUGGAAUAACCGCUCUGCACCUCGCAGUAGGCCAAAAUAAUCUAUGUUUGGUGCAAAAACUGCUCAAACUCGGGGCAAACGCACAUUUGAAAAAUAAUUACGGAGGGACUCCUUUCCGAAUUGCUGUCGAAAAUAUCAAUUCAGAAUUAGUACUCAGGCAAUUCAACUACUGUGGUAUAAACCGAACACGACCAAGGAAUACUUCAUUAGUUUUGAUUCAAAAUCUGCUCGAUCACUGCUCUGACAUUAAUUCAAAUAUUAAAGGGAGUUGGAGUGCUUUACACAUCGCUGUGAGAAACAACAAUUUUGAAUUGGUACAAACGUUGUUUUACCACGGCGCUGACGUAAAUGUCACCACCAAAAGAGGUUUCACAGCUCUGCACUUUGCUGUUAAAAUGGGACACUCAGACAUGACUCAAAAGCUUCUUGAAUGUAGCGCCAACGUGAAUGUACAAAACCGUCGUGGAUGGACUGCCCUGCACGUGGCUGCCAGGGACGAAAAUUGUGAAUUGGUGCAAAAACUUCUUGAUUAUAAGGCUCAGAUAAAUUUAAGAUCCGAGAAAGGGUUUACAGCUCUGCACCAUGCUGUUAGAAAAGGCAGCCCUGGUGUAGUACGAAAGCUGUUAAAGCACGGCGCUGACGUUAACAUAAAGAACAAUGAUGGGCACUCCAAUAUGAUAAUAGCCGCAGGAAAAAUGUAUCAACUAGAAGUGAUGCAAAAACUGAUUGAUCACGGUGCCGAAAUAAACUUUAGAAGCGUCCGACACGGGCAGUGCGCCUUGCACUUAAGCGCAUCAACAGGCAAACUUGAAUUUGUUCUAAAACUUCUGGACAACGGUGCUGACGUCGAUUUGAGAAGCAAAAAAGGAUGGUCCGCUUUGCAUGUAGCCGCAGAUAAAAACCAUCCAGAAAUAAUGCGAACACUGCUUCAACGCGGUGCCAAUGUAAAUUCACAAACAAAUGUUGGAAAUACUGCCUUGCAUCUCGCUGUGAAAAAGGGAAAUUUGGAAUGCGUUCAAAUUCUAAUCGACAGUGGCGCUAACGUUCAUUUACAAGACAAAAAAGGUAUGUACGCUCUGCACUUUGCUGUGAGUGAGAAUCAUUUACAAUUGGUUCAAAUGCUGCUCGAGCAAGGCGGAAAACCAACUGCAAAAAAUAACUUCGGCGAAAAUUUAUUUCACCGCGCUGUCAAGUAUAAUAACUUGAAAAUGGCUUUAAUGUUGCACGAAAAAGACCAAAAUUUGGUCAAACAAGUGAACAGAGACGGGGAAACUUCCUUGCACCUGGCAAUUGAGCACUUUGAUGUUUCAACUGCUGAUUCACUUGAAUUGAUUCUUUUCCUUGUUGAAAAAGUAGAAGUUGAUGUAAAUAUGACCCAAAUUUCGGGUCGGAAUGCCUUAAUAUAUGCGUGCAAAUACAAGAAAUGGCCAGUUGUCGAUUAUCUGCUAACCAAGAACGUGGACGUAAACAAGGUUGAUCGGAAAGGAAAAACAGCCAUUCAUUAUGCUGUUUUAUCGGGAGAAAUGAAAAUGGUGCAAAAACUUGUCAAACAUGGCGCCGAUUUGUCAGGGAAGAUGAUUGAAAAUGGAUAUAAUCUCGUGCACAUUGCCGCAAGACAUAAAAAUUCAAAAAUAGUUUCGUUCCUACAUGGAAAAAAUCAGGAGUUGGUGAAUCAAGUAACCAAUGAAAGAAGCGAGAGAAGUACCCCUUUACAUAUAGCAACCAGGCACUCAUCAGUUGAAGUGGUUCGCUGGCUCCUCGAGAAUAUUAAAGUUGAUGUGAAUGCAGUCGACCGCUCAGGUUCAACUGUAUUUAUGCUUGCUUGCAAAUAUUAUAAAUUGCAAAUUAUAAAUUUGCUACUGGCUAAAAACGUAGAUGUUAAUAAAAGAAAACUAAACGGGAAACACGCUCUGCACUAUGCCGCAGCAUCAGGCAAUUUGGAUUUGGUUGAAACGCUACUCAGACAAGGCGCCGAACCAUCUUUGAAGUGCAAUAAAGGAAUGAAUUCGAUUCACUAUGCCAUAAAACAUGUUAACGUAGUGUUCCAUCUUCACGAAUUAAAUGUUGGGCUAGUGAAGGAAGUAAUAAAUAACGGAAACACUUGUUUACACCUUGCUUUCGGUAAAGAUACAUAUUCCUUUGAAGUUGUUAAAUGGCUUGUAGAAGAAAUGCAGCUUGACGUGAACUCCACUAAUUUGAAAGGUGUAACGCCAUUUAUGAUUGCUUGUGAAAAUAAUUGUAGCGAAGCCAUCCAGCUUCUGUUGAGCAAAGGUGUAGAGGUCAACAAAACAGAUCAAGAUGGAAGGACUGCCUUACACUACGCUGUCAAAUCAGGUUGUGUUGAUUUGGUGCAAAAGCUUCUCGAUCACUGCGCUGAUUUGACAGUUAAGGAUAACUCCAGUAAAACCGUUCUUCAUUACGGCUUCAGCAACAUUGAAAUGACAUUGUUCCUUCAUCAGAAAAACGGAAAAUUGGUCAAAGAAAAGUCGAAAUCAUCAUACACUGCUUUGAUUUUUGCGUGUUCGCAAAAAAAGGUAGAUGAGAAGGUGAUACGUUGGCUUAUUGAGGACGCCGGAAUAAACUUGGACGCAUUAACCAGUUCUGGUGACUCAGCGCUCCUUAAGGCAUGCGAGUAUAAGAAAUGGGAUGUCGUUGAAAUUCUGUUGACCAAAAAUGUGGACAUCAGUAUUAAAAAUUCUGGUGGCAAAUCCGCUUUACACUACGCAGCUGAGUCAGGAAAAUUAGAAAUUGUGCAAACGCUGCUCGAACGCGGCGCUGAUUGGACGGUGAAGGACAGCGAAGGGAAGAAUGUCCUACACAAUGCCCUGGAACAUAUCGACGUCGUUUUCAUCCUUCACGACUUACACGAAGAAUUAGUGAAAGAAUUAACAGAAGAUAAAAGCAACAGUUUGCACCUUGCGAUCGCAAAAAAAGAAUAUUCGUUUGAAGUGAUCCACUGGCUUGUUGAGGAAAUUAAUUUCGAUGUUGACAGUACAAACGAGAAAGGCGAAACUGCACUUUUGAUUGCCAGCAUGAAGAACAGACUAGACGUCGUCCACUUUCUCUUGGAUAAGAACGCAGAUGUCAGCAAACGAAACCAAAAAGGCCAAACUGCUCUACACCACGCGGUUCAAUCAGGAAGCUUAGAAUUGGUCAGGAGUCUACUCGAUCACGGCGCCGACGUAAAAUCAAAAGACAACGAUGGUAGGAACGUCCUUCAUUUUGGUUUGACAAACAUGGAAAUGGUUUUGUUCCUCAAAGAGAAAAACGGUAAAUUAGCAAGGGAUGUUGACAACCUUGGAAACACCUCGUUGAUCGUGGCGGUCGAUCGUAAUAAAAAUGUUAACGAGAAAGUGAUUUCUUGGCUCAUUGCCGAGGAACUAGAAAUUAACUUGAACGCAUUAAACUCAAAUGGCGAAUCAGCCUUUCUCAUUGCAUGCAAGCGUAAGAAUUGGAAUGUCGUCGACCUCAUGUUGACCAAAGACGUGGCCGUCAACGCAAAAGACCCCGAGGGAAAAACCGCUCUGCACUACGCAGCUGGGUCAGGAAAAUUAGAAAUCGUGAAAACGCUGCUAGAGCGCGGUGCCGAAUUGAAUUUAAAAGACAGCAGCGGAUUCAAUGUGCUGCAUUUUGCCCUCGGUCAUAUCGAAACAGUUUCGUUCCUUCACAAUUUGAACAAUGAGCUUGUGAAAGAUAUUUCUAAAGACAAAAACUCCAGUUUGCACUUGGCAAUUACUCGCGGCUCAAUGGAAGUGAUCAAUUGGCUCCUCGAUGAAAUCAAAGUUGAUUUAAAUGAAAGUAACGAAAGUGGCGAAACCCCUCUUUUGGUUGCGUGUCGGAAUGAAAAUUGGGCAGUGGUUGACCUUUUGCUGGACAAAAAUGCAAUCGUCAGCAAACAGGACCGAGAAGGAAACACGGCUUUACAAUAUGCCACGAAUUUCAAGCGUUCGGAAUUGGUGCGAAGGCUGGAACUACUGAACCAGACGACACAGUUAGACAUAAUGGAAACUUUAAAAUAGUAUUUUUUAAGUCGGUUUAAAACAAGUUAAUUUUGCAUGCUUAAUCUAAGUUAAGAAUUAAGUCUUUAAUAUUUUCCUAAUUUUCUUCCAUAAAAUAUGUUGUAAAAAUCUGCGUAGUUAUAAAUUUACCCCUCCAUUCGCUUCACGGCAUGAGGUCUCUUUGUUCGUUUUACAAAUAACAAAAAAUUCAAGCUGCAAUUUAUUUAACGAGCGCUGUUUUUGUUUGGCCCCGCUCGUGGCUGAGUAGAAUAUGCUUUUGAGGACCAUUAGCCAUCACUCAUUAGCUUGAAACACCCGCAGCGCUUGUAAUUAAAUUGUGAUUAAUGCAGAGGGUGAGCGUGAUAGCAGAAAAGCGCCAUAAAAAGUGACAUUUCCCCACGGGCUCGAAAUUAGUGUACUACCAGAUAUGCAGAUUUCAUGAGGCACAAUUAGAGAAGACGUGUAUAUAUUUGUAAAAUAUAUUGUUCUUUGAAUAAAUUUAUGU